CUGAACUGCCGGUCCAACACUUUUUCCGUAUAUUACAGUGACUUGUAGUGACCUGACAGCUGUGGCUUGUGGCUGUGCUUGUCCUGUGGCUUGAUAGUGGUCUGGUACGAAGCGCAAAGUACCUCUCUCUCUCUCUCUUUUUGGUGGGGCAAUCCGAUCACCAGCGGGAAAAAGUUGGAGGCUUCUGAAUUGAUAUCAGUCUCACGACCACGAUCCCCCUCUAUCUCUCCCUCUCUCGAGAACUCAAUUCCCAGCUCUCCGCCCUUCUACAACCCAGCCCGCCAUGUUCCGCACGCGGCUGCUACGGAUGCCCCGGCAGGCAUUGGGCCUGAACCUGCGCGCAUCCGCCGCCAAUGGCUCCAGCUUCAGCGCCAACUCCAGCUUCAACAAGAUCAACGCCGCAAGAGGCCUGCACUCGGUGCCUGCGCUGCCUCAUGACUUCUCCGAGGGCGUGCCCAAUCUGAUGAGCCCCGGCGGCUUCUCCCUUGCUUGGACAGACUACAUGACCGUCACGGUGGACAAGCUCAACGCCAUGAUUGCCGGCACCGAACUUGAAACCCACGACGUCAAGACCAUCCUCCUCAUGACGGCCCGCGAACCCAGCCAAGCCCCCAUCUUCAACCACGCCUCCAUGGCCCACAACAACCACUUCUUCUUCCAGGGCAUCGCCCCCCAAGGCACCCCCAUGCCCGACGAGCUGCGCCGCGAGCUCGAGGCCUCCUUCUCCUCCAUCGAGUCCCUCCGCCUCGAGUUCAUCGUCACCGCCUCCGCCAUGUUCGGCCCCGGAUUCGUCUGGCUCGUCAAGGCCGGACCGGGAGACUACCGCCUGCUGCCCACCUACCUCGCCGGGUCGCCUUACCCGGGCGCCCACUGGCGCAUGCAGUCCACCGACAUGAACACCGUUGGCAAUGAUGGCUCUGCGCGCUCGUAUCUUAGGAACCAGAGCCUUGGCGCUAGGAGGAGGGUUGGGGAUCUGCCUCCGGGAGGUAUUGAGCUGGAGCCGCUGCUGUGUCUUAAUACCUGGGAGCACGCUUGGUUGCUGGACUGGGGCAUGGGUGUGGAUGGAAAGGGCGGGAAGGCUGCCUAUGUUGAUGCUUGGUGGAAGUUGAUUGACUGGGAAAAGGUGCACCAGAGGUCUGGCGUGCUGCGCCCCGAGUACAUGUCAGAGACGUCUCCUUGAUAUGGAAACGAUGAGUAAGGGGAAGAUGAACAAAUGAAAAAGAAAAGAGAAUUCGGACGGAAUAAGAAGACGGGGGAAUUGGGCAACGAAAGAAUAAGAGAGGGCCAAGAUUAACGUAUAUAUGUCAUGCUAAGAAAGAAAAAAGGGAAACCGGUCCGCUGGGCGUACUUGAUCCGAGGGGUUGGUUAUUGUUGGAUCAAGAUGUCUGGUCGGAAGAGAUGUAAGAUAGUGUAAAGGUACUAUAUAUACUUAUUAUGCUCUAUCUGAAAACUAUGAGUAGAAGUGUAUCUUUUGGAGAGGCAGAUUGAGUUGUCAUGAGGGUGUGUUGUUGUGAUGGCUUCAGAGGC